GUGGAACGGGAUAACUGGUCUUUGAAGACUGAUUACCUGCUCUCAAUGAUUGGUAAUGUUUGGAGAUUUCCUUACCUGGCUUACAAAAAUGGAGGAGGUGCAUUCCUUAUUCCCUAUUCUGUCAUGCUGGCCCUUGUUGGGAUACCAUUGUUUUUCUUGGAGUGUUCCUUUGGUCAGUUUGCCAGCCUUGGGCCUGUUGCAGUGUGGAGGGCUGUGCCUAUGUUACAAGGUGUGGGGAUUGCUAUGAUGCUUCUGAUUACAAUGUCCAACAUUUCGUACAACUGCAUCGUUGGCUACAGUCUAUACUACCUGUUUGCUUCCUUCCAAUCACCCCUACCAUGGGCAGACUGCUUCAGUUGGUGGGGAGCAGAUGAAACAUGCAGCAGGACCCCCAAAGAGACUCUCUGCAAUCUCACUCUGACUGAUGGAUAUUUUGAAAUCGUUAAUAUAACACAGCUGCAGGAAAACAAUGGAUCUUGUCCAAAUGGAUCAGAAAUCUCCAAUCCUCACCAGGGCCCGAGUGAGCAAUACUGGGAUAAAGCAGUUUUACGCCGUUCCAGUUCAAUGGAUGAGACUGGGGAGGUAAUCUGGUAUUUAGCCCUCUGUCUGCUUCUUGCCUGGCUAAUAGUUGGGGCAGCAUUAUCAAAAGGAAUCAAAUCUUCAGGAAAGGUGGUUUAUUUCACUGCGACAUUCCCUUACGUGGUUCUGACCAUACUCCUGAUCCGAGGGGUUACCCUGGAGGGAGCUUCUAAAGGAAUUGAAUUCUACAUCGGAAGCCAGUCAGACUUCUCCAGACUGGCUGAUGCUGAGGUCUGGAAAGAUGCUGCGACUCAAAUUUUCUUUUCUAUCUCAGUGGGUUGGGGCACUUUAGUAGCAUUGUCAUCUUACAACAAGUUCCACAAUAACUGCUACAGAGAUACCAUCAUUGUCUGUGUUGUUAAUUGUGCUACAAGUGUGUUUGCUGGAUUUGUCAUCUUCUCCAUCCUGGGACACAUGGCUCACAUACAAGAUAAGCCCGUUUCAGAGGUUGCCCAGUCAGGUUUCGGUUUGGUCUUCAUUGCCUACCCAGAGGCCCUUGCACAGUUACCGUGGGCACCAUUAUGGUCUGUUUCAUUUUUCUUCAUGCUGCUCACUCUGGGAGUUGACACACAGUUUGCAGGUUUAGAAACAGUUAUGACAGCCCUGCAAGACCAGUUCCCUACAUUGGUCCAAUCAAAGCGCCUUCUUCUGACAGCUGGUGUUUGUUCGUUAUUUUAUCUGCUUGGCCUUCUAUGUGUGACACAGGCUGGGAUUUACUGGCUAAAUUUAAUGGAUCAUUACGUUACGGACUGGAUUCUCGUUAUAACAGCUCUCCUGCAACUCAUCGGUCUCAGUUGGAUCUAUGGGACAAACAGAUUCAUCAAGGACAUUGAGAUGAUGAUUGGGGAAAGGACUUGGCUCUUCUGGCUGUGGUGGAGAAUGUGUUGGAUUCUGAUCUCUCCGUGUUUUCUGGUGGCAGUCUUAAUCUGGUCCUUGACAACAUUUGCCCCACUAAGAUAUGGAUCUGUUGAAUACCCUGUCUGGUCAGGAGCACUGGGCUGGUGUAUGACCAUCUUCUGUAUUAUGUGGAUCCCCAUCAUGGCUGUGGUGAGAGUUGUCCAAGCUGAGGGCCCCACCUUGUGGCAGAAAAUAUUUGCUGCUUGCACAUCAGCUCCUGAUUGGGGCCCCUACUUGGAACAACACAGAGGGGAAAGAUACAGGAAGAAGCCUGACUCUACAGAAGACCCAAACUGUGUGCACCUUCUGGUCAUUCCUGAGAAUAAUCAAGGUCCAGCCGAUGGAGCAGCUGCUAACACAAACCAGCCGAGCAGCCCUUUGAAGGUCACAGUGAAGAUUAUCAAAGAUCCACUCCUGGACUACGGUUUUAUGGUCUCAGAAGAUUCACCAGGGCCCAAGUCAUCAUUUAUUACUGAAGAAAAGCGAGCCAGAUUGAAAAGCAACCCAGUCAAAGUACACUUUGCUGAGGAAGUGAUCGUCAAUGGCCAAAUACAGGGUAACUCGCUACUCUUAAUGCCCGGUAUUCUCAAGGUGUAUUUGGAAAAUGGACAGACCAAAGCCUUUCAAUUUGAGAAAAAUACAACAGUGAAGGAUAUCAUCCUCAGCCUGAAGUCAAAGUUAUCCAUCCGUUGUAUUGAGCAUUUUGCUCUGGUUUUGAAGGAACGAUACACUAUCAACAAGAUCUAUAUCUUACAUGAUGAUGAACUCAUUGAGCAGGUGGUCCAGAAGCGAGAGCCCCGUGAUUAUAGGUGUCUCUUCAGGGUUUGUUUCCUGCCAAGAGAUCCACUUGUACUUUUACAAGAUGAUCCAGUUACUUUUGAAUACCUCUACUCACAGAGUUGCAAUGAUGUGCUGCUGGAGAGGUUUGCGAUGGAGAUGAAAUACAGCACUGCUAUCCGUCUCGCAGCACUGCAAAUUCAGGAAUGCAUCCUCAGCUCCAACCAUUCUGAGAAAGUCUCCAUGAAGUACAUUGAGUGA